UCGCUGUGUGACGCUGCAGAUCAGCCGGGGGAGCAUCGGGAGACUUUCCAUAAAACACGGAGCGUUUUCUCGCUGAAUACUCGCCUCGUCCCGCGUUAGCGCUUUCGUUUUUUUGCCACAACGUAAACAAGUAAUGGACUCGGACGAGGGUUAUAAUUAUGAAUUUGACGACGAGGAAGAGGAAUGCAGCGAGGAUAGCGGCGAGGAGGAAGCCGGGGAUGACACGCUGGACCUGGGGGAGGUGGAGCUGGUGGAGCCGGUGGUGGCCGGAGGAGAGCGGGGCGAGUGCGGAGAGAAUGGGGGCAGCAGCGGCGGAGGAGGCGGCGGCCUGGGGGGCCUCGGGGCCGGCCAGGACGAGGAGGAUUACCGGUUCGAAGUGUUGACCACCGAGCAGAUCCUCCAGCACAUGGUGGAGUGCAUACGGGAGGUCAACGAGGUGAUCCAGAACCCGGCGACGAUAACCAGAAUACUCCUCAGUCACUUCAACUGGGACAAAGAGAAGCUUAUGGAGAGGUACUUUGAUGGAAAUCUUGAUAAGUUGUUCUCAGAGUGCCAUGUCAUUAACCCCAGCAAGAAGGCGAGGACGCGUCCCAUGAGUACACGUUCCUCCAAUCAGGACAUGCACUGCCAGAUCUGCUACCUGAACUACCCGCACUCGUACUUCACAGGGCUGGAGUGUGGGCACAAGUUCUGCAUGCAGUGCUGGGGGGACUACCUGACUACCAAAAUCAUUGAGGAGGGAAUGGGUCAAACCAUCUCUUGCCCUGCUUACAGCUGUGAUAUUUUGGUAGAUGACAACACUGUAAUGCGGCUGAUCACUGAUUCAAAAGUGAAGCUGAAGUACCAGCAUUUAAUCACAAAUAGUUUUGUAGAGUGUAAUAGACUGUUGAAAUGGUGUCCAGCUCCUGACUGCCAUCAUGUGAUUAAGGUCCAGUAUCCAGAUGCCAAACCAGUGCGCUGUAAAUGCGGCAGACAGUUCUGCUUCAACUGUGGAGAAAAUUGGCACGACCCAGUGAAGUGCAAGUGGUUGAGAAAGUGGAUUAAGAAAUGUGACGAUGACAGUGAAACAUCUAACUGGAUUGCAGCAAAUACCAAGGAGUGUCCCAAAUGUCAUGUGACUAUUGAAAAGGAUGGUGGCUGUAACCACAUGGUGUGCCGUAAUCAGAACUGUAAGGCAGAGUUCUGCUGGGUUUGUCUAGGCCCGUGGGAGCCGCACGGCUCGGCCUGCGUUGAAAUUUUAUCGUUGUACAACUGCAAUCGCUACAAUGAAGAUGAUGCAAAAGCAGCCAGAGACGCCCAGGAGCGGUCCCGCGCAGCACUCCAGCGCUAUCUCUUCUACUGCAACCGCUACAUGAACCACAUGCAGAGCCUGCGCUUUGAGCACAAGCUGUAUGCACAGGUCAAGCAGAAGAUGGAGGAGAUGCAGCAGCACAACAUGUCGUGGAUCGAAGUGCAGUUCCUGAAGAAGGCCGUGGACGUGCUGUGUCAGUGCCGCUCCACGCUCAUGUUCACCUAUGUCUUCGCCUUCUACCUCAAGAAGAACAACCAGUCCAUCAUCUUCGAGAACAAUCAGGCUGACCUGGAGAACGCCACGGAGGUGCUGUCAGGAUAUCUGGAGCGAGACAUCUCCCAGGAUUCGUUGCAAGACAUCAAACAGAAAGUCCAGGACAAGUAUAGAUACUGUGAGAGUCGACGGCGAGUGCUGCUGCAACAUGUGCACGAGGGCUAUGAGAAGGACUUAUGGGAGUACAUAGAGGACUGAGAAGGACUCCUCUAACCAUAAACUCUCUGCAAGGAAAAGACUCUCCAGCGGUUCAGAGAGCGCUGUGGUGUCCCCUCACAGCUCCGCUCUCGGCCGUCUCCACAGAUCCUCUCCAUGUCGCCCCCUCUUCUCCAUAGCUGUUCAUUUCUGUCUGUUUGUUUGUUUUUACUGAGAAUUUAAGUUAAUUUUAUUCUAAUAAAAGGUAGACUAUUAAAUUAAAUUAACCCCCCCCCCAAUGUCAGUAUUGCGGUUUGCGGCAGAGUUGAUUGUGAGCACAGCGAGGAAAUGUAUUCUUCCCUUCUACUGUGGUUUUUGUGGAGAAUUCAUCAAUAGUCUGUUUUUAUUAUUCAUUUUUCUUUUUUUUUUUUUUAACGAUUCAUUUGAGACGGGCUUAAGCGUAGCUUUACAUGUCAGAGCCACGUGCAGUUUGUGUUGGGAAUGCUCGUAUGCGUGGCUUGCUUCUUGUUUUCUUCAAGGGCCUUUAGGGAAGGAGGCGUGUAUUUCAAGCUAUAUAUAAUGUACGUGCAUGGAAGACGGCGAGGGACGUUUCUUUUCUUCCACAGAAAUAUUUAUUCUUUACAGAUAUUCAGGAAUGUGUUUGAGACCCGGUGUGGCGGGGGGGGGCUUCAGCUUCACAUACGUAGGGUUUGUUUUUGUUUUCAGUUAAAACUCGGAUGCUAGAGGACAUUAAAUCGAAGAGAGGGGGCGAAACAUCAGAAGAAAUGGUCAGCAGAACCAGUAGCUUUAACUUAAAAUCGUCCACUGCUGCUCCGCGUUGUAAGUCGACGGCAGCAGAUCCGCUCUGUAGGUGAAAGUAUAGAUGGCGUUGGAAGUGUCCGCUUUCAUUUUAACCAGCUGGCCAACCUUGAUUUACUCACUGAACUGAACAUCCACGACACCCAGCCUCUCCUUCCCAAAACAGCUGUGACGUGGUGGGUAACACAGGACUAGUUGUUUUUGAGAGCAAACAUGAGUGAUAUUCACUCAGUCAAAGGACGGUUUGCGCGUUUCUGCAGCUUUUACUUUUUUCCUUUGCUCUUUUUUUUUUUAAGAAUAUGCACCUGAACCUUUUUGAGCGUUCGAGGAGAUGCGCAUUGAAAGCUACACUCGCCAGCCGGGUGGUGACUGGUUCUACUAAUGCUGGUUACCAAAGCAUUAUGAGGAUUAAAGGGGAACUUCAGUGGAUUUCUACCUGAUCUGUGAUUCGAGCAGCUGAACUGUAGGGUCAUUUACCACAGACAGUAGUUCCAGUAUGUUUCCCUCAACUUGGGAACGAGCAGAAAUCCUGUUGGCUCGAAAUGCAUUGAUCAUGUAAGCCAAUGGGCAGAUGAUUCUGUUGUGAGUUUCAAAUCGGCGCUUCUGUUAUUUCACUAAGCGCAGGGAGAUUAUUGUUCUGGGGACUCGACUGCUGCUUGCUUUGUUAAACGGAGGUCAGGAUGGUUCCUUUAAAUGAGUGAAAGCUUGUGUGGUGGAGCCAAGCUGCUUCUCAUUGGUUGGAAGUCGGCCUGUGAGGCUGUUGCAGAGCAAUGCUAACAACACUAAUGUACAGGAAGGACGCGGACCACAGGUUCGGCGCGUAUGACGAGAUCUUGUUUUGGUGCAGAUUUAUCCACGUUUUACUUUAUGCGUGUUUGCCAGACUUUACAUUUUAGAAGGUUUUUAUUUGUAUUAAUCAUUUCAUAAACAUCUGUUUGAAUAGUCGCUAAUUUUGACCAGUGCAUCAGACGCCUGCGUAUGUAUCUGAGCCUGGUCUGUGUGGUAGUUUGACCGAGGUUCACUAACCGUCGUUGCCACACUCACGGCUUUCUGGAUAAUGUGUUGCCUGGAGUGAGCAUAGUCAUGUGUGUUGUCCCACAAACCCUCAUUGCGAGAAGCCUGAAGGAUCCAGUGUUGGCUGUGCUGGGAGAUUUCUUCACCAAAGCGUGGAUACAGAAACAAAGGACAACGAAUACGGCCUCCGAUCAGAGACGUGUUCAUGGCUUUCAUGUGUUAUAACCAUUCUUACAAACAGAACAAUGUCCUAUUUAAAUAAAUCUCAUUCAAAAGUA